UUUAGGUAUUCAUACACAGUUACGAGGAAAAAAUAGUCACCGAUUUAGCUCCUCAUCAUAUUUGGACGAAACGAGUAGGUAAAAUUAUGUUCAGCCCUAAAGAGACCUAUACCACAGAGGAAGCGAGGCAAUUGAGCAUUCGUCAAAGGCAUUGCGUAUUCCCUGAUGAGAUAAAAUUGAUCACAGAUGAUAUUUACACGUUUGGAGCUUGUAUGACCGAAUGCAGAAUGAAUAUGGCGAAGGAGAAGUGUGGUUGCAUACCUUUCUUUUAUCCGAAUAUAGAAGGAUACGAGUAUUGUAAGUUGGAAGGGCUCAUUUGUUUGGAUCAAUUUAAAGAAGAAAUCACGAAAGCUUUCAAUUGCCCUUGCGAACUCAGCUGCAUGUACACAGUUUACGAAAUAGAGAAACUAGAGGACUCCAAGAAAAAAACUGAAAACGAUCCUUUAGAGUUGAGCUUCGUAUCUUGGCCAAUGAUAAGAUACAAAAGAGACGUACUCUUCGGCUGGGUUGAUUUAUUCGUGGCUUUUGGAGGCAUAGCUGGCCUCUUCUUAGGAUUCAGCUUACUCAGCGCGGUCGAAACGAUUUACUACUUUACUUUGAGGGCUUUCUGUAUGGUAUACAGAGAGAAAGACGAGCUGGAAAAAUUACACCACGAAUACGAGAACGCUGUCGAACCUGAGAUCAAUUUAGACAUGAAACCGUACUUCAGGAAUAGCUCCAGUCCGAAGAAGAAUAAAAAUGAGACAAAAGUGAUCCCUAUAUUACCCUAUUUGCCUUAAAACCUGCGCAGCAGCUUUUCAAAUAAACGGUAGAAAAAUAUAUAAAAAAUUAUAUUUUGUUAACAAGAAAAAUAGUAACAAUACAAAAUAUUAAGUCUCGCAUCA